AUGAAGAACUUUUUUGAUUUGUUUGCUCGGAUGACCGAGAUUAAAAACAGUACAACGGUGGAGGUUGAAAUAAGAGAGGUUGAGAGAGGUGAUAUCUCGGAGGGAAGGCUAGUUGCUAAGAUGCCACCUGCGGGUCGCAAAUUGAUAAGAGGGAAGAAAUUCCUGGAUCAUAGUUCUUAUACUGGUGUUCCCAGAACCGUUCAUGUCAUCGCAACUGCUAAUGGUACGAGGACAGCGACGGUCCUUCCAGCACAGUAUUUCAAUACCAACGGACGAGUCACCUUUCUUCUAGAAAAUGGAAAACUGGUGGCGGCGGCAGAAACGAUCCCCCAAAAAAGCAUCAUCAUGAGGUAA